AUGAAGAGGGCAGUGUCUGACGAUGGGGAUGGGGGUGCCAAAAAGGCCCCCAGGAUGUCACCGGGGCCGAGUAGGCAGAGCCCCAGCUACUCGAUUGAGUCGGACCCUUCGGAGGAUCCCACGGAGGAUAGUUACGAUACGGAUCCGUCCGAGGACCCAUCUAUGACCCCUCCAGAGUCUCCGAUCCCUGGAGCAGAGGAUCCCGUGGAGGAUGGCUAUGAUACAGACGUCUCGGAGGAUAUGGCGAUGACCCCUCCAGAGCUUCUUACCUCCACGGAGGAGGAUAGUUAUGAGGCAGACCUAUCAGAGCCUUCUUCUGGGGUGACGGAGGAGGAGAUUUUCAGGUAUGCGCCGAUUGUUACUGCGAGGGUGAACCCCGAUAGCCCGGCCACCUCGGAGAGUGCUACGGAUUUUUCUUAUUCUAUGUCCUGGACACCUGUGCGCCGGGAACUGUCUGAUCAUCCACUCGAUACCCCCUCCGAUUCAGAUGCGGGUGAUAGCGGAGGCCAGGUAGGUAGGGAGCAGACAGACGAGGAUGAUGGUGGACACACCUCUCACGGCAGCUCCCCAGGUCAGAUUCGAAAUUGA